GAUAAUCCAGGUCGGGUCUUUGCUUGGCGGGCGGACAGCUGCGGGAGUGGCAGCGUCAGGGCUCCAAGGCUACUCGAGCAUUGGAGGGAAAGCGCUGGGCAGGGGUCGUCUCUCUGGCAGCGGGGCUCCUUGUCGCGCGGCCUCUGCACCCCUGGGCGAUUUUUCCCAGGCUCUGCUUUCGCUAUGUCCUACCUGAGGCCACACCCUGAAAUCAAACUCGCGGCCAGGUGAAGCGGCGCUGCACAAACAUGUAAGCGCGGCCCCUCCUCGCCGUUCCUCGCGCCGAGGUCCCUCCCGCGGAGGGCGGGCCCGGUUCCCGCGGCCUCUCGGAGCGCUCACGGGCUUCCCGCUCGGCAGGUGGGUGUUCGGCCGCUGCCAAAGGCCGGCGAUCCCCCUCUCGGCCGGGGCCGCGAAGAGGGGACAGGCCUUCCCUCCCGCGUGCUCCCUUACCCCGGCUUUCAGUCCCCGAAGUUCGAGGCUGGCCGGCGCGGGACAGAGGGGCCUUGCGCGCAGGCACAGCGGGCUCGGCGCCCCUGGAGCGCAACCUAUUCGGUGCUUCUGUUUAGGCCUGCGGUGGACUGGCCCGGAAAGGUCCUUGGUCUUCGCUCAGUGCCCAAGAGAGCUGACUGCUGAAGGGUGAGGAGACCCAAAGAAGAGGAGACCGGGAAGGCCGCCCAGAGGAGGCACCAUGUUCCGCAAGAAAAAGAAGAAACGCCCUGAGAUCUCUGCCCCACAGAACUUCCAACAUCGUGUCCACACCUCCUUCGAUCCCAAAGAGGGCAAGUUUGUGGGCCUCCCCCCACAAUGGCAGAACAUCCUGGACACACUGAGGCGCCCCAAGCCCGUGGUAGACCCUUCACGCAUCACACGAGUACAGCUCCAGCCCAUGAAGACAGUGGUGCGGGGCAGCUCAGUGCCCACAGAUGGCUACAUCUCAGGGCUGCUCAAUGACAUCCAGAAGUUGUCAGUCAUCAGCUCCAAUACCCUGCGUGGUCGCAGUCCCACCAACCGGCGGCGGGCACAGUCUUUGGGGCUGCUAGGGGAUGAGCACUGGACCACUGAUCCAGACAUGUACCUCCAGAGCCCCGAGUUGGAGCGCACUGACCCCCAGAGCCUCUACCUCAGCUGCAACGGGGGCACACCAGCAGGUCACAGGCAGAUGCCAUGGCCUGAACCACAGAGCCCACGGGUCCUGCCCAAUGGGUUGGCCACCAAGGCACAGUCCCUGGGCCCUGCUGAGUUCCAGGGUGCCUCACAGCGAUGCCUGCAGCUGGGUGCCUGCUUGCAGAGCUCCCCACCUGGCACCUCACCCCCCAUGGCUACAGGGAGACGGGGCAUGAAGACUACCAAGCAUGGCUCUGAAGAAGCCCGGCCACAGUCCUGCCUAGUGGGCUCAGCCACAGGGAGGCCAGGCGGUGAAGGCAGCCCUAGCCCUAAGGCCCAAGAGAGUAGCCUCAAGCGCAGGUUGUUUCGAAGUAUGUUCCUCUCCACUUCUGCCACGGCACCUCCAAGCAGCAGCAAGCCAGGCCCUCCAGCACAGAGCAAGCCCAACUCUGCUUUCCGACCGCCACAGAAAGACUCCCCUCCAAGCCUGGUGGCCAAAGCCCAAUCCUUACCCUCAGAACAGCCCAUGGGGACCUUCAGUCCUCUGACCACCUCGGACACCAGCAGCCCCCAGAAGUCUCUCCGCACAGCCCCAGCCACUGGCCCACUUCCAGGCCGGUCUUCCCCAGCGGGCUCCCCUCGCACUCGGCACGCCCAGAUCAGCACCAGCAAUCUGUACCUGCCCCAGGACCCCACAGUGGCCAAGGGUGCCCUGGCUAGUGAGGACACAGGCAUUGUGACACACGAGCAGUUCAAGGCUGCGCUCAGGAUGGUGGUGGACCAGGGUGACCCCCGGCUACUGCUGGACAGCUACAUGAAGAUUGGCGAGGGCUCCACAGGCAUCGUUUGCCUGGCCCGGGAGAAGCACUCUGGCCGCCAGGUGGCCGUCAAGAUGAUGGACCUCAGGAAGCAGCAGCGCAGGGAGCUGCUCUUUAAUGAGGUGGUGAUCAUGCGGGACUACCAGCACCUCAAUGUGGUGGAGAUGUACAAGAGUUACCUGGUGGGCGAGGAGCUGUGGGUGCUAAUGGAGUUCCUGCAGGGCGGGGCCCUCACAGACAUCAUCUCCCAUGUCAGGCUGAACGAGGAGCAGAUCGCCACUGUGUGUGAGGCUGUGCUGCAGGCCCUGGCUUACCUGCAUGCCCAAGGUGUCAUCCACCGGGACAUCAAGAGUGAUUCCAUCCUACUGACACUCGAUGGCAGGGUGAAGCUCUCAGACUUUGGAUUCUGUGCUCAAAUCAGCAAAGAUGUCCCUAAGAGGAAGUCCCUGGUGGGAACCCCCUACUGGAUGGCUCCUGAAGUGAUCUCAAGGUCUCUGUAUGCCACCGAGGUGGAUAUCUGGUCUCUUGGCAUCAUGGUAAUUGAGAUGGUGGAUGGGGAGCCCCCCUACUUCAGUGACUCUCCAGUGCAAGCCAUGAAAAGGCUCCGGGACAACCCCCCACCCAAGCUGAAAAACUCUCACAAGGUAUCCCCAGUGCUGCGAGACUUCCUGGAGCGGAUGCUGGUGCGGGAUCCCCAAGAGAGAGCCACGGCCCAGGAGCUCCUGGACCACCCUUUCCUGCUGCAGACAGGGCUGCCUGAGUGCCUGGUGCCCCUGAUCCAGCUCUACCGCAAGCAGACCUCCACCUGCUGAGCCCACUCUCAGACUGCACCUGCCAUCUGUGCCCACAGGCAGGGGACACUGGGCAGCCAGCCCUCCAGCAGGGCUUGUCUGCCUCAUUCUCUCAGUAUUCUCUCCAAAGAUUGAAUGUGAAGUCCCACCCCUAUCCUACUGCCCCUUUGCCCACUGGGCCAGGCCGGACCUGCCCCCUUGGUCUCUCUCCCUCCCCAAAGAAUCCCCAGUUGCCUUUGGGAUGAUGGAGACCCCUUCUGCAGGAUUACCCUUUGUUAUUUGCACAGGGAUAUUUCUAAGAAACACAGAGACCAGCACUCCUAGGCUCUGUGGUCAGCACAGCAGAAAAGGCUGCUGCAGACUUUUUAAAGGUAGUUGUAUACUAGCAUCUCAAGUCACCCAAGAGGGCUGACUGCCCAUCUUCACAUGGAUACUUGUUCUCAGCUCCACCUUCAAGCCUUGGGGUCUCAGAGGGCCAUAGGGAAGGUUUUUAUUACCUGAACCCUACUUCCUCCCUUGGUCUAACUUCCUGAAGGCACAGUCCUGCCUGUACCUGCUCCCUGCCCUGCCUGUACUGCCUCUCCCCACACAGCCUCUCAGAACUGUGAAAGACCUGCUCCUAGGCCAUGGGAGGGGCAAGAGGGCAUUGUCUGAGUGAAAGAGAAAGAAUGGGGUUGGUGGUAAAAGUGGCCUCACUACAGGAUGGAGAGAACAUCAUGUGUGUGUGAGUGUGUGUAUGUGUAAGGGGAGGAAGGACCCAAUGGCCUGGGUCCCUUCAGUCACCCACAGCCAGCUUCAGGAGGGCUACCUGAACCUCUUCUCCCACUCGGCUCAACUCUGAAGGGACCUCCUUCCUCAGCCUGGCUCCCUACCUCUCAAGUUCCAUGUUUCUUUCCAACCAGUGAAUUGAGUCCACCAACACUGGGGACUCAAAAGAUUCCUGAGUUUCUUCCAUACUGUGGAGUCUGAGAGCCAGAGACAGGAAUAGUAAGGAAAUAAACUUAAUUUUCCUGUCAGCUUCAUCUCAAUAGCCAGGUCAUCAGGGACCCGUCCUCUUCAGACCUUGGGCUGGGACAAAAGGUGUACCCCCUCUGGGGGUCCAUUACAUCAGAGGGGGCACCCUCUGCUGCCCCAGCUGCCUCUGCAGACACUUGCCCCCUUAUCCUCCUUCCCUUUCCACCUUCUAGGCUGUUGUGAGACAGGGAAGGCCAGGGAAAAACUCCAGGUGUCUGGACCCUUUCCAGAUAAUAUUUUUAGAUCCCUCUGUUCCCUAGUGGCCAGCUUUAGGGCAAAGAAAUUGCAAGGACUUUUUUUUUAAGGGUCAGAGUUUUAAAAACAAAAGCAUCUUCCCUAGAAAUUUUUGUGAAUUGUUUGCACUUGUGCCUGUUUUAAAUUAAACUGAGUGUUUA